UCUUCUAAAACAGUUUCGUUAUGAAAGGGCGUCAGAGUUGUCAGUUUUGUUUACUUGGUUUUGAAGUCAAAAUAGUCGCGCAUGCGUAGAUCCGGUCCCAGUCGCCCUGCCGGAAACUGAUUUAUUUUUUAUUUUUUAAUAGAACACAAGUAAAACCACUGCAUUUUUUUGUUUUUUUAUGUCCAAACGUAGGAGUAUUUUUUUUACCCACUUUCUGUUUUUUCCCCCGACAUUAACGUUCUCUUCGCGUCCAUUUUUAAUGACGUCAUGACGUAGCUUCCCGCGACUUUUGAGACAACCAAUAGCGAGCCUCCUUCCCGAGACGCGGUUCAUGUCACUUUGCCGUCAUGGACGUCGAGAUGAUGGAGGUUCCCACCGAGAAAACAGCCACAGAAGGCGGACUCAAGCCGAGUCCGCAGGCCGGGGAGAGCUCCGGCACCAAGGGCUCCGGUUCCUACGAGCUUCCCUGGGUGGAGAAGUACAGGCCGCUGAAGCUGAACGAGAUUGUGGGCAACGAAGACACUGUUAGCCGCCUGGAGGUGUUUGCCAGGGAGGGAAACGUCCCAAAUAUCAUCAUAGCAGGUCCCCCCGGAACCGGAAAGACCACCAGCAUCCUAUGUUUGGCUCGAGCGCUGCUGGGGGCUUCCAUGAAGGACGCCGUGCUGGAGCUCAACGCCUCAAACGAGAGAGGAAUCGACGUGGUGAGGAACAAGAUCAAGAUGUUUGCUCAGCAGAAAGUCACGCUGCCCAAAGGGCGACACAAGGUCAUCAUCCUGGAUGAAGCAGACAGCAUGACGGACGGAGCUCAGCAGGCGCUCCGGAGGAUCAUGGAAAUCUACUCCAAGACGACCCGCUUCGCCUUGGCCUGCAACGCCUCGGACAAGAUCAUCGAGCCCAUCCAGUCGCGCUGUGCCGUGCUGCGCUACUCCAAGCUGACGGACGGCCAGAUCCUGGCCCGGCUGCAGGACGUGGUGGAGAAGGAGCGUCUGUCCGUGUCGGACGACGGCCUGGAGGCCAUCAUCUUCACGGCGCAGGGGGACAUGCGACAGGCUCUCAACAACUUACAGUCCACCAACUCGGGCUUCGGCUACGUCAACAGCGAGAACGUGUUCAAGGUGUGCGACGAGCCGCACCCGCUGCUGGUGAAAGGCAUGCUGGGACACUGCGUGGACGGCAACGUGGACGAGGCGUACCGGGUGGUGGAGCAGCUGUGGGCGCUGGGCUACUCGCCGGUGGACAUCAUCGGGAACAUCUUCAGGGUGUGCAAGACCUUCCAGAUGGCCGAGUACCUCAAGCUGGAGUUCAUCAAGGAGAUCGGGUACACGCACAUGCGCAUCACGGAAGGCGUCAACUCGCUACUGCAGAUGGCGGGACUGGUGGCUCGACUCUGCAGUAAGACCACGCCCCCUGCGGCCUGCUGACCUCACUCCAGGUGCUUGUAAUCAAUCCUUUAGUUGUUCUGUGUUGGAGGACAGGCUUGACUUGCCUUUCUAAAUACAAAUAAUAUCAUCCAUGCUAAUAAAUCUGCUGCUAUGGAGAAUCCAUGCAUGCGCUUCACAUAACAAGCUUUUAUUUCAGUACAAAGGAACAUCCAGCAAGUACAAAUUUCAAAUGUCGAAAUGUUGCUUUACACAUGGGAAGAGAGAAGAACUGCCUUUAAAGCCCUCAGUCCACUAAACUUGUGUGGCUUUUCAAAAAAAACAACUGCUUCAAUACUCCACUGGGGGGUAGCAUCAUACCGCAAUACACAAAAACAUUGAAGGAUCCUGGCGUCACUCUGCUACUUUUUUCUACUGGAAAUAUGCUUAAAGCUAUCUAAUGGAGGAGGAAAUAUGCUAAACCAGGGGUGUCCAAAGUGUGGCCUGGCAGCUAUUUGUGGCCAGCGGCACAUUUGGAAAAAAAUACUAUGGGGGGGGAUUAAAAAAAAAAAGUAAACCAAUGAAUUAAAGAAGUUGCAAUCCUGACUAAUAA